CUCCUUUGGCCGCGGCGCGAGACAAGAAGAUUAUUAGUCCGCGCGCAGGAGGGGCCGCAAGGAGCGCGAGAUAGGGAGAGAGAGAGGAGCGUGGACGGAGAAGGGAAAACACGGACCCACGGACGCUCCCACGGCCACUCAAAGCCCGGAGGUGAGUCCAGGUUCACUCGGAGCGCCUCUCGGUUGAGGAAGAAGAGAAGAAGCAGGAGAAAGUCAUGGACACAGCGGGAGAGUUAAAGAGAAGCUAAAGUCUCCUUUAAAAUAAUAAUAAAAUAACACACCGAGAAACCAGAAGAAGUGUCCGGAGAGGAAAGAGGAACAAGAUGGGGAUGGAUUUCAGCACUCUUCGGACCCUCAUCAGCCGAUAUUGUGUCGGUGAGGAGAACUGGGUGGACAGCAGGACGAUUUACAUCGGGCAUAAGGAGCCUCCUCCGGGAACCGAGGCCUUCAUACAGCAGAGGUUUCCCGACAACAGAAUCGUCUCCUCUAAGUACACAUUUUGGAACUUCAUCCCCAAGAAUAUGUUUGAGCAGUUCAGGAGAGUCGCCAACUUCUACUUUCUCAUCAUAUUUCUGGUUCAGCUGAUAAUCGACACUCCCACCAGUCCGAUCACCAGCGGACUGCCGCUCUUCUUCGUCAUCACCGUCACCGCCAUCAAACAGGGUUAUGAGGACUGGUUGAGACACAAAGCAGACAACGCUGUCAACAAAUGUCCCGUACACGUGGUGCAGCACGGGAAAGUGGUUCGAAAACAAAGCCGCAAGCUCAGGGUCGGAGACGUCGUCUUAGUGAAAGAAGACGAGAGUUUUCCCUGCGAUCUCAUCCUUCUGUCCUCGUCUCGGGACGACGGGACGUGUUACGUUACUACAGCCAGUCUGGAUGGAGAGAGCAGCCACAAAACAUACUAUGCAGUUCAGGACACCAAAGCGUACAACGAGGAGAAGGAGGUGGACUCGAUCCACGCCACGAUAGAAUGCGAACAACCGCAGCCAGACCUGUACAAAUUCGUGGGCCGUAUCAGCAUCUACAUGGACAAUGAGCCAGUAGCCAGACCUUUGGGAUCGGAGAACCUGCUUCUCCGAGGAGCCACGCUCAAGAACACCGAAUAUAUCUUUGCUGUUGCCAUCUACACUGGCAUGGAAACCAAGAUGGCGCUCAACUACCAGUCCAAGUCUCAGAAAAGAUCUGCAGUGGAAAAGUCGAUGAAUGCCUACCUGGUGGUCUACCUGUGCAUCCUCAUCAGCAAAGCCGUCAUCAACACGGUGCUGAAGUACGCGUGGCAGGCCGACCCCAACAGAGACGAGCCCUGGUACAACGAGAGGACGGAAGUGGAGAGGCAGAGACACGUCCUGAUCAGGGCUUUCACGGACUUCUUGGCCUUCAUGGUUCUUUUCAACUACAUCAUUCCCGUCUCGAUGUACGUCACCGUGGAGAUGCAGAAGUUCCUGGGCUCCUACUUCAUCAUGUGGGACGACGAGAUGUUUGACGAGGAGCUGGGGGAGAGAGCUGUGGUCAACACGUCAGACCUGAACGAGGAGCUGGGACAGGUGGAGUAUGUGUUUACAGACAAGACGGGGACUCUGACAGAGAACAACAUGGAGUUCAUAGAGUGUUGUGUGGACGGCCACGUUUAUGUACCGCAUGCUAUCUGUAACGGUCAGGUGAUGCCUGGUGCCGCCGGUAUGGACAUGAUCGACACAUCGCCCGGCCCCAAAGCGAGAGAGCACGAGGAGCUGUUUUUCCGGGCGCUGUGCUUGUGCCACACGGUGCAGGUGAAGGAGGAGGAGACGGUGGACGGGAUCAAACACGGCAUCCACCAGGGAAAGUCCACUUCCUUCUACAUCUCGUCUUCUCCGGACGAGGUGGCGCUGGUGGAGGGCAUGAAGAGGCUCGGUUUCACCUAUCUGAGACUCAAGGACAGUCAGAUGGAAAUCUUAAAUAGGGAGGAUGAGAUUGAGAGGUUUGAGCUGUUGGAGGUUUUGACAUUUGACUCGGUCAGACGGAGGAUGAGCGUCAUCGUCAGGGCAAACACAGGUGAGCUGUACCUGUUCUGUAAAGGGGCAGACUCCUCCAUCUUCCCCAGGGUCGUCUCAGGCAAGGUGGACCAGAUCAGAGCCCGAGUGGAGCACAAUGCAGUGGAGGGUCUGAGGACACUUUGUGUUGCCUAUCGCCCUUUAAGUCCUGAACAAUACCAGGAGGUUUGCCAUCUGCUCAGCAGCGCCAAGUUGGCACUGCAGGACCGAGACAAACGGCUGGCUGAGGCUUACGACCUAAUCGAGAAAGACCUGAUACUGCUGGGAGCCACUGCUGUGGAGGACAGGCUGCAGGAAAAAGCAGCAGACACCAUCGAGUCCCUCCACAAAGCCGGCAUGAAGGUGUGGGUGUUGACAGGAGAUAAGAUGGAGACGGCGGCCGCGACCUGCUACGCCAGCAAGCUGUUUCGCCGCAACACCCAGAUCCUGGAGCUGACGACGAAGCGUACGGAGGAGCAGAGCCUUCACGAUGUCCUGUUUGACCUGAGCAGGACGGUCCUUCGGCAGCAUGGCGGCAUGACUCGGGACACCUUCUCUGGUUUAUCAGGCGACUGUACCGACUACGGUCUGAUCAUCGACGGAGCCACCCUCUCUGCGGUGAUGAGGCCUGGCCAGGAGGACUCAAACUCAGGGAAUUACAAAGAGAUCUUCCUGGAAAUCUGCCGCAACUGCAGCGCCGUGCUCUGCUGUCGAAUGGCGCCGCUCCAGAAAGCACAGAUCGUCAAGCUGAUCAAAGCGUCCAAGGAGCACCCAAUCACGUUGGCGAUUGGAGAUGGAGCUAAUGAUGUCAGCAUGAUCCUGGAGGCUCAUGUCGGCAUUGGUAUCAUGGGUAAAGAGGGUCGCCAGGCCGUGAGAAACAGCGACUACGCCAUCCCAAAGUUCAAACACCUCAAGAAGAUGCUGCUAGUCCACGGGCACUAUUACUACAUACGCAUCUCUGAGCUUGUGCAGUACUUCUUCUACAAGAAUGUCUGUUUCAUCUUCCAGUUCCUCUACCAGUUCUUUUGUGGCUUCUCGCAACAACCACUGUACGACACGGCAUACUUGACUCUCUACAACAUCAGCUUCACCUCGCUGCCCAUUCUGCUCUACAGUCUAAUAGAGCAGCACAUUAACAUGGACAUCCUGAAGAAGGACCCCUCUCUCUACAGAGAUAUUGCUAAGAACUCUCUGCUGCGGUGGCCCAGCUUCAUCUACUGGACUGUCCUGGGCGUGUAUGACGCCAUCGUGAUGUUCUUCGGUGCUUACUUCCUGUUUGACAACACCACCUUCACCAGCAAUGGACAGCUAAUGACAACCAACACACAGAUGAUGUUUGGAAACUGGACAUUUGGGACUCUGGUCUUCACUGUGUUGGUCUUCACUGUUACGUUCAAGCUGGCUCUCGAUACUCAUUACUGGACUUGGAUCAACCACUUUGUCAUCUGGGGUUCACUCAUCUUCUUUGUGGUCUUCUCUCUGCUGUGGGGCGGAAUCAUCUGGCCCUUCCUCAACUACCAGAGGAUGUACUACGUGUUCAUGCAGAUGUUGUCCAGCGGCCCCGCCUGGCUCAGUAUCAUCCUCCUGAUAACGGCCAGUCUGCUGCCAGAUGUGGUGAAGAAGGUCAUCUGGAGGGCGCUGUGGCCCACGACGACUGAACGCAUACAGACCAAGCGUCGGUGCCUUUCCUCCGAGCCUUCCACCAUCUUUAUGCUGUCUCAGACCUCCAGCAGAAUGAGUUUCUAACCUCCUGGAGAACGCUGAUAAACUCUACAAGGGCCAGCUGUCUGAGUUCACCCCCUUGGCGUCCCUCCACGCUCCACCCAAGACUGGCGGCCGCCGGCGAGGCUCGGAAAACCAAAGGAACAACCCGAACCCUCG